AUGAGACAUCAGUGGCCCGGCGCUGUAUUUUAUGACAUGGUUGCUUGCGACUUCCACGCCGAUCAAAAGUACAAAAACCAGUGCCUCGCAAGAAGUUGCUCGCUUCUGAGCGCCCAUGAAGCCGCGUAA